UGUUCGGCUCCUGUUUGGCUCCCGUUCGGCUCCUGUUCGGCUCCCUGGUCGUGGGGACUCCAUGCGCGGACAUGUCCAGGAAAAGGUCCACGGAGCCGGCGGCGCCGCCCGGAGCCGCCCCGGAGAGGAAGAGGGCCUGCUGGGGCCUGCUGACCAGCCAAGGUCGGUGCUGGGCGCUGCGGCGCUGCGGGGGCACACACAGGACGAGUGUGGAGCUCCCGUGCACCUCCUUCAUGAUCAUGUACAAGUACCAGUGGCUGGAUGUGCCGUGGGGAGACGGAGACAUGGGUUCGUGGGCAGAUCGGUCUCCUCUCCAUGAAGCCGCGUCUCAGGGUCGUCUGCUGGCUCUGCGCACUCUGCUGGCCCAGGGAUAUCAGGCCAACAUUGUCACCAUCGAUCACGUGACCCCUCUACACGAAGCCUGCCUGUCAGGACACGUAGCGUGUGUGAGAGCGUUGAUAAAGGUUGGAGCUAACGUGAAUGCGGCCACCAUUGACGGCGUCACGCCUCUGUACAACUGUUGUGCAGCGGGGAGUGUUGGCUGCAUGGAGCUGCUGCUGCAGAACGGCGCGCACACACACACUCGCCACACACACUUCCCUUCAGCUCUGCAUGAAGCCUGCAAGAGAGGUAACAGCCGCUGUGUGGAGGCCCUCCUCUCUCACGGAGUCGACCCGGACUUCCAGCUGCCUCACCUCGGUUCUCCUCUGUACGUGAGCUGUCAGCACCAACACGUCGCCUGUGCAAAGAUCCUGCUGCACAGAGGCGCCAGCGUGAACGUGGGCCAAGGAAGUGACAGCCCUCUGCAUGCAGCCGUCAGACAGGACAGCACAGAACACGUGUCUCUGUUGCUCGACUUCGGCGCCGACGUGAGCUGCAGAGAUGGUGACGGGCGGCGGCCGCUGGAGGUGGCGCCCCCCGGUGGGAGGUCGCAGCAGCUGCUGGUGGAUUUGGCAGUGUCUCCCAGGAGUCUCCUGCAGCUGUGCCGUCUCCGGAUCAGAACCGUGAUGGGCCGGUCCAGACUGAAGCUGCUUCCCCUCCUCCCCCUGCCCCCGCUGCUCGCUCACUAUCUGGAGUUCAUGUAGAACCACGGACGCAUGACAUGCCUCAUAGCGAGUCAGGUCACACGGCAUCAGCAUGGGUUCAUUUUGGAACUGCCGCAUCAUCGCACGAUCGAGAGCCGCGAUCAGAUGUCCCCUCUGCCUAAAGAUAGGCUGCAGUUCCUCUACUGACCACUAGGGGCCAACAGUGAGUUGACCUCCACUGACCUCCACGUUAAAACAUCCAGCUUUACAGCAGAAAUGAACAUAUUUACAGUCACUUUAACACUUGUCAGGUGGUGCCUUCCUUAUACUGUAAAUAACCAAUCACAUAUGCUAACGCUCACCUCACAAACGAGCCCUGGAGACUGUCCCGCCCCCGCGUGGGAGUUCAUUGGCUAUCACCAGCCGUGUAGCUGCAGUUUAACUGGCCGACGCUUACGCUGAAGCGCUGAAAGGUGGGAGCAAUCCUCUGUCUAUAAACGCACAGAAGCCAGGGCUCAGUCUGGCGAAGCGUGACAUCCCAGGAUUGAAGGUGAUGGAUGAACGUACGGUGACUGGACCACUAGCCAAACUGCAGACUGAGGCCUCAGACGCUUCGUCCACGUCUUUGUUUACUGUCUGCAGUUACAGGACGCAUCUCACUUUUGUGUGUUUUUGUGCCAUUGCAGUUUUAAAAGAUACUCCGAUGUGUCGAUAAAACUCAACUGUGAAACGACUGUUUCUCUUAAGUCGCGUUAUGUGAAUUUCAGUUUACACAAUUUAAAGAGUGAUGGAAACAUAGCUAGUGUUUCCCCUCACUGUGAUCAUAUCUGAAAAGUACUGGUACAUGACCGAUAUGUUCUUGAUCAAUUUAUCAAAUUAGAACUCAUCUGCGUUUAUAUUCAGUGUUCAUCUGAGCUGAAUUAAGGGAUAAAUC